GGGGGUGGGGGGAGAAUCUAGCCAGCAGCCCCCUGGCUCCUCUUUCCCGCCCGUCCCUGCCUGGAAAGGGAAGGCACAUGUUAAUACCCGCCGGUGGGGUCGGUGUAUGGUGCUGCUGCUGCUGCUGCGGAGUGCGGAGCCCGAGACAGAUGUUGCGCCAUCAGAGCCUCCUCAAAUGCCGCUGCCGCAUGUUGUUCAAUGACCUGAAAGUCUUCCUGCUCCGGAGACCCCCCGCGCCCCCUCCUCCCCUCCCCAUGGACAGCGGAGCCAACAACAACACCCUGCCCGCGCUGCAUGGGGGGCGAGGGGGCGGCUGGAGGGCGCCGGCCGCAGGGGGGGGCGGCCCGGCCAGCCCGCCCGAGGAGGAGUGGAGCAGCCCGGCCGGCGAGCCCCCCGCCUCCGCCAUGAGCAGCGCGUCCUCGGAGGACUUCUGCAAAGGGAAGGCGGAGGACAGGUACUCGCUGGGCAGCAGCCUGGACAGCGGCAUGAGGACCCCGCUCUGCAGGAUCUGCUUCCAGGGGCCCGAACAGGGGGAGUUGUUGAGCCCGUGUCGAUGCGAUGGAUCGGUGAAAUGCACGCACCAGCCUUGUCUGAUCAAAUGGAUCAGCGAGAGAGGCUGCUGGAGCUGCGAACUGUGUUACUACAAGUAUCACGUCAUUGCCAUAAGCACAAAGAACCCUCUGCAGGUAAAGUGGCAGGCCAUCUCUCUGACAGUCAUUGAGAAGGUUCAGAUCGCAGCAGCCAUCUUGGGUUCCCUCUUCCUCAUCGCCAGUAUCUCGUGGCUCAUCUGGUCGACCUUCAGUCCUUCCGCCAAAUGGCAGCGCCAGGACCUGCUCUUCCAGAUCUGCUAUGGAAUGUAUGGCUUCAUGGACAUUGUCUGUAUAGGUCUAAUAAUACACGAAGGGCCCUCGGUUUACCGGAUUUUCAAACGGUGGCAGGCGGUAAAUCAGCAGUGGAAAGUGCUGAACUAUGACAAAACAAAAGACAUGGAGGAUCAAAAAACAGGGACCAGGACAAACCUCCGAACCUCCUCCCAAACCAACCAUUCGUCCUCCACCGGUGGUACAGCCAGCAACUCCGCUCCAGCCGACAACGGGGUCCGGGGCACUAGCCACGCCACCGGCACCCUGUCUGACCACCACUGUGCUUACACCAUCUUGCAUAUACUCAGCCAGCUGAGGCCUCACGAACAGAGAAGCCAGUCUAGCACUAACAGAGAGCUCGUCAUGAGGGUCACAACAGUCUGAGCAACGGAAUUCAGGAGGCCUUAACGCAAAGUGGAGGAGACAACUCAAGAGCAGAGAAGCAUGGUGUGCCUUUCAUUUUCUGGGUAGCUGCGCAAGGCGUAUAAGCAGCGCUUGGCCAACUGAGGAAGAAGAAGGUGGAGACAGAGCUGCACACACAUGCUAAAGAGGUUAACGUUUUCCAGCCAGUAAAUAUUAUUUUUUAAAAAAACAACAAAACAAGUGCAAUACGGACUAACAACUGACUAGGUGGAGGUUUGGGGAAGUAGAGAAACAGCCGGUAUUAGCAUGUCUUACAAGUUCUAUUAGCCGGGAUGGGUAAUGUUCUGCAAACACACACACGCCCCACACACACACCCCACACACACACACACAGUGUGGGAUGAUUACAAACAGAAGGGGAAUGAUGGAAGCGACAUAUUCGGAGGAGUUUUCAGAUUGUGUUAAGCAGGGAUCUGAGUCAUCGUUUUGUUUCAUAAAUCAUUCCGGAGCCCUGUAUUACUUGCGAUAGAGUAUUUCCACUGAAGUGGCUGGGGAUUUUUCAGUUUUAAUAUUAAAAAAAAAAAUCUGUCCCUAUUUCACCAAAACAAAAAUUGGCAAGAGGUCUGGAGAAUGGCAUUGGGAGAGGGGUUGACGGACAUUUUUUUUUGGCAAAGUUUGUACAAAUGCGCUGUGGGUGUUUGAAGCACAAGCACUGGUCCAAUGACCCCCAAAUCCCACCUUCAUACCGUCCCACUCAUAAAAACCAUCCUCCAGGCGGACUUUGAGAAAGGAGGCUGCUCCAGGUUAAUUUCCUCUCAUACCCUGUCACCCCCAAUUGAUUACAUUAGGCCACUCCCAUCUCCACGGCUUUCUCCUGCAGCUGUGAUUCAGACUUUCAUAAGGGGGGGGGUUAAUCUUUAUAUCCCUGCUGCUCAAUGUACAAGAGAGUCUCACUCAAUCAUAUAGGGUAAGCCCUCGAUAUCCAGUUUGCUGAACGACUGAGUGGAAAAGACUAAAUCAUGAGCUAACAAAGACUUAGUCUGAAGAGGGAGCACAGUCUCUGAGUGAAUAUAUUAUGCUUUUAAUAAGUCGCCUUCUCUAGGAGCCAUCCAUGAAAGUACCAAUUGCUCUUCAGAAACAUCUUCUUUCAAUGCACAAUGGCUGAAUCAUUUGUGGGUAUUAAAGGGACACUGUCACGUACUUUUUAAAUAGUUUUUAGGGGCUUUUUUUUUACUCGCCAUCGUUUGUCAUA